UAACUGUUGUGGAAAAGCAAAGAGAAAACAGCUACAUUUUCUUCACCCCUUCUUUCUUUUUCUCUCUCCUUUUUUCCCCUCAGUGUUGGGGUUUGUGGUUCAAGAAAAUCUUUUUGGUUGAUCUUGUUCAUGUAAAUGCAAAUAUUGGCUGAAUUCUUGAUCUGGGCUGUGUUGAUUUUGUUGAAAAGCUUCAUUCUUUUUGCUCUCUUUAGGGGGUUUUCUUGUGAGAAACAGCCAUGCCUGCUCUUGUUAAUAUCAGAGGUGAUGAUGAUUUCUAUUCAGAGGGUGGUUCGUUAUGUUCCGGAGAUUCGGGCGUCGUAUUCUCGAUUAGCUCCCACGUGGAGAUCUACUGCCCCCCCAGAAAGCGCUCUCGCAUUAGUGGCCCUUAUAUUGUCAGUAGGAAUUUAUUCGAGGAUAAAAGACCAUCCAUUGACGUACUCCCGGAUGAAUGCCUAUUUGAGAUCUUCAGACGCUUGCCCGGUGGUCGAGAGAGGAGUGCCUCUGCUUGUGUUUCCAAGCGCUGGCUGACAGUCUUGAGUAGUGUCCGCAGUUCAGAGUUUAACCGGAGCAAGAUCCCUCAGGGGCAACCGAAGACGAUCAGCAUAGAAAAAGCUGUGAAUAAUACAGAGGAUAUUGAGUGUGAUGGAUACCUCACGAGAUGUGUGGAAGGCAAAAAAGCAACAGAUGUGAGGCUUGCAGCUAUUGCAGUUGGUACAUCCAGCCGUGGAGGACUUGGAAAACUUUCAAUCCGAGGAAGCAACGCUCUGAGGGGCAUUUCUAACUUUGGUUUGUCGGCAAUUGCUCGUGGUUGCCCUUCCCUCAGGGUUCUUUCAUUGUGGAAUGUGCCGUCUAUUGGUGAUGAAGGUAUCUUUGAAAUAGCAAGAGAAUGCCAUUCUCUGGAGAAGCUGGACCUUUGCCAAUGUCCUUCGAUCUCAAACAGUGGUUUAGCGGCAAUUGCAGAGAGCUGCCCAAAUUUGACCUCGUUAACAAUUGAAUCGUGUCCAAAUAUUGGCAAUGAGAGUCUACAAGCAAUUGCAAAAUUCUGUCCCAAGCUACAAUCAAUUACCAUCAAAGAUUGCGCACUUGUUGGAGAUCAGGGUAUUGCUAGUCUCUUGUCAUCAGCUUCCACUGUCCUGACUAAGUUGAAACUUCAAGCUCUGAACAUCACCGAUUACUCGGUUGCUGUGAUAGGACACUACGGGAUGUCCAUUACUAAUCUUGUCCUCUGUGGGCUUCAAAAUGUGAGCCAAAAGGGCUUUUGGGUGAUGGGAAAUGCAAAAGGUCUGCAAACUCUGUCGUCUUUGACUAUCACUUCUUGUAAGGGAGUAACUGAUUUGAGCCUUGAAGCGGUGGGAAGGGGCUGUCCUAACCUUAAACACAUGUGCCUUCGCAAAUGCUGCUUUGUAUCUGACAACGGGCUUGUAGCUUUUGCCAAAGCCGCUGGCUCUCUUGAGAGCUUGCAGUUGGAGGAGGUCAACAGGAUCACCCAACUAGGGAUUUUAACUGCUCUUUCCAGCUGUAUUUCUAAAUUGAAGUCUGUUUCCUUGGUUAAAUGCAUGGGAAUUAAAGAUCUGUCUACAGAAUUUCCUAUGCUUUCUCCUUGUGAGUCCCUUCGCUGCUUGUCCAUUCGAAGCUGUCCUGGAUUUGGUAGUACUAGCUUGGCUAUGGUUGGGAAGCUGUGUCCCCAGCUCCAUCACUUAGAUCUCAGUGGGCUUUGUGGAAUCACAGAUGCUGGCCUUCUCCCACUUCUGGAAUCCUGUGAGACAGGACUUGCUAAGGUUAAUCUUAGUGACUGCUCAAAUUUGACUGAUGAAGUGGUACUGGCUCUGGCAAGGUUGCACGGCGAAACACUUGAACUAUUAAAUCUCGACGGUUGCCAAAAGAUCACUGAUGCAAGUUUGGCGGCACUUGCGGAAAGCUGCCCAUUGCUCAAUGAUCUUGAUGUUUCAAAGUGUUCCAUCACCGACACCGGUGUUGUUGCUUUGUCCCAUGGAUCACAACACAAUUUGCAGAUUCUUUCCUUCUCAGGCUGCUCAAUGAUAUCAAACAAGUGCAGACCCGCUCUUGAGCAACUAGGAAGGACACUCGUCGGGUUGAAUCUCCAGCACUGCAACUCUAUUAGCAGCAACUCAAUCGAGUUGCUCACCGAGAACUUGUGGAGAUGUGAUAUCCUUUCUUAAGUCGAUCAAGUGGGAUAUUCCGAAAGUAGGUAGCGCAACGGAUCUGCAGUAUGCAAAUGCUAUUAGCUCCUAUAGUCCAUAUAAACCAUAGCCGGCCGUACUCUUAGUAGUUUUUUGCCCGACGCACCAGGGUGUUUGGAUAGCUCACUUGACUCCGGUUGUUUUCCAUGGAGACUAAGGCGAACUUUUUUGCAGGCUACAUUGUAUUUGACAAGCCUGUUGCAACCUUUUUAGUCUCUCAAUCAGGAGGCUGCCUCUUUGACCGCCUUUGGUUUCUUGGAGAAAUACAGUUACUGGGCUCGUGAGUUUCCCCUUCUGGUGCUCCAAUCCAAUCAAACUGUGCUUCCAUAGUUCAAGCCACUUGCAGUGUCAUGGUCUGUUACUGUUAGUGUCGCAAAUUCUGAAUAAAGCUUUCGUCUAAGUUUCUUUUCUAUGUUUCCUAUAUGUCUGUCUGUAUCCUAAUGGCAAUGUCUGUCUGUGUAGCAGUGGUCUUGAAACUUCCUUAAAUGUGCCUGUUCCUUAAACUUGUGUGUCUAUUGGCAGUAGUUGUACUAAAGAGUGUGGUAGUCUGUCACUUGGGACUUGGCCAUGGCAGCUUCCUCGUUGUUAUAGUCACGACAGGCAGUCUUUUGUCGCCCGGUCCCGGUUUUUUGAUAGGAUUUCUCAGUCCUGUUUAUGCAGCUUCUCCCGACUCUUGAUUGUACUCUGCAAACUACCCCCCUCUACCUUUGUAAUAAAAGAAACUUUGUCAGUGCUGAGUUCUGAUCUUGAA